AUGCUCACUUUCUUUCCGCUCUAUAUAUAUCGCAAUAUAAAAGCCUCGACAAUUAUAAUAAUAGCCAUAUAUCUACUCGAUAUAUUGCAUUAUAUAAGGAAUAUUUUUUAUAAUAUGGUCUACCUAUUUAAAAAGAAAGAAACAAGUACGGAUGCGUUAAAAAAUUUAUUUUUGCUAGAUAUCAUAGAAUACGAAACGGAUAAAGACAUUAAAGCUUUUCUAUUCAAUAAUAUAUGCCAUUCUUAUAUAAUUUUAAACAAAGGCGGUAAAGCAAUCUUUAAACUCUAUAGGGAAGACUAUAAAAAGCAUUGCAUAAUAGGCUUAGAUAAAAUAUUUCAAGAAGCAUAUGACUCAGAUUUUAGAAUUGAUGAAAUAAACGAACAUAUGAAAUUAUCUGACCAUAAAAAAUGUCUAGAAUAA